AUGGGUGCGCGCGCCUCGGCCGGGCCCGGGCCCCGAGCCGGGCUCCUGCUGCUGCUGCUGCUGCUCGGGCUGCUGGCGCCGGGCGCGCAGGGGGCGCGGGGCCGCGGCGGCGCCGACAAGAACAGCUACCGCCGCACGGUCAGCACCUUCUCGCAGAGCGUCAGCAGCCUGUUCGGCGAGGACAACGUGCGCGCCGCGCAGAAGUUCCUGGCCAGGCUGACGGAGAGGUUUGUCCUGGGGGUGGACAUGUUCGUGGAGACAUUGUGGAAGAUGUGGACAGAGCUGCUGGAUGUCCUUGGACUUGACGUCUCCAACAUGUCCCAGUACUUCAGCCCGGCCUCGGUGGCCAACAGCCCUGCCCGUGCGCUCCUGCUGGUCGGCGUGGUCCUGCUGGCCUACUGGUUCCUGUCGCUGAUCCUGGGCUGCACCUUCAGCGUCCUGCACCUGCUGUUCGGCCGCUUCUUCUGGGUGGUGCGGGUCAUCCUGUUCUCCAUGUCGUGCGUGUACAUCCUGCACAAGUACGAGGGCGAGCCCGAGAACGCCGUCCUGCCGCUCUGCUUCGUCGUGGCCGUCUACUUCAUGACCGGGCCCAUGGGCUUCUACUGGCGCGGCAGCUCCGGCGGCCCCAGCGUGCAGGAGAAGCUGGAGCUCCUGGAGAACCAGGUCAGAGUGCUCAACAUUCGCCUCAGCAGGGUGCUGGAGAGCCUGGACCGCGCCAAGGACAAAUGAAGGUCAGCCAGCCCCCUGGGUGCUCUUCUACCAGCGCGGGCUCUCGGGAAACAUAAAAAGAGGGAAAAAGGAAAAACAGCAACAGACCGUAAACAUUAUCAAUAAACGCUGCGGAACGUGAGCGUGGCGCUUGGGGAGGGUGGCUGCGGCCGGCGGCAGCUCACAGGAGACGGCGUCAGUGACUGCACCAAGCGUCACUAGUGGGGAAAAUAUUUUUUAAUCAAAGGCGAUCACCACAUUAGCUGUACAGAAAGGAAUUUAUCUGUGCAUAGAGCAUAGUUCACUUUUUUUCGAGCAUUUAAAUACAUCUUUUGUAAGGUUUUUUAAAUAAAGGUGGAUGAGUCAAGUUUA